AUGUUCGAAAUGGGUAAAAAGUGAUUCAGGUUGCUGAUGGAUAAACAAAAUCAUGCACACAAGAUAAAAAUAUCUCAAGAAAGAAACCUGCCUUCAUCUUCCCUAAAUUUAGAGAGUAAUCAUUCUCUUUUGAAAUCUCCCUCUCAGGAAUAUUUCUGUGAUUUUAUGAAUACUAAUUACUCCCAUAAUGAUUUCCAUACCAAAAAUACUCUAUUUCCUCUUCCAGAUAUUCUACCCCUAGCACUGAUGAACCUAUGAUUCACCUACACGAACUCCAUGUACUUAAUCUUUUCGCAAACCCGUUUCUAAGUAAGUCCUGGAAUUGUGCCUAAAAUACCACUCCCAUCACUCUUUAUGGCAUGGAUCUCGCUGUGCACAGCUUCUUGCUGAAAGGCUGCAGAGGAACUUGAAGUUCAUUUCUAAAGAUUUUUCGUAAUUAUUUUUAUGGUCUUCCUACUGAAAGUUCAGGCUUUGGAAAUCUUUUCUUCCGUAUACAAACUUUUUCAAGAAUCUUCCAAUGGCGGCUACUAUACUUCGAUCCAUUCUAAAGGAGUCUCUAGGCUAAUAUGGAGUCCUUUCAUUAUUGCCUGAGUCAUUUCUGUGUUCAAAGUUCAGCUUUGUUCUGCUUUGGAGUCAUGGGAAUAUUCAACUAAGUAAACCUCAGAAAUUUCAAAUGAGCAUGCUUCGCAAGAUUUAGAUGAAGAGCUCUAAUUGUUUCGAAUUUAAUCGUACUCAGAACCAUCAUAGUGUAGUCUCAUUGUAGAGUACUUGCAUUUUUGAUAAGCCCUAAAAGACUUUUGGAACACUUGCCUAUCUUUUUAUUCAAAUGAAGUAUUUAGGUUGAAAU